AGUUAGGUGAGGUCCCCGGCGUUCCUUCCUACUUAAACACAGGCUGGGGCUGGAGAUGCGAGGGCAGUGAGCGGUGACAGUUGCUAGGCGGAGACCUUUCCGUGAAGAAAGAUUUAAGAAAGGAUCAGGACAGGCGGGAGAUAGUUAACUGAAAGGAGUCUGCCUCACUGCUGGAACCAAACCAGAUGCCUUCUUCCACUUCACCAGACCAAGGAGAUGACCUGGAGGCCUGUGUUUUAAGGUUUUCAGACCUGGAUUUGAAAGACACAAGUCUUAUCAAUCCCAGUAGCAGUAUCAAAGCAGAGUUAGAUGUCAGUACAAAGAAGAAAUACUCAUUUGCAAAGAAAAAGGCAUUUGCCCUUUUUGUCAAAACUAAAGAACUUCCAGCACCUCCUUCUGAGUAUAAAGAAAAAUGGUGGAAAUGCUGUCAGCAACUAUUCACAGACCAGACCAGCAUCCACAGACAUGUGGCAACACAACAUGCUGAUGAGAUUUACCGUGAGACUGCUUCUGUUUUAAAGCAGCUGACUGUGACAUCAAGCACCUCAAAAACUCUUAAGUCUGCAGACAAAAGAAACCCUUUCAAAGAAGACCUUACGCAUAACCAUGAAGUGUCUGCUUGGCUCCCUGAUAUAAGCUGCUUUAGCCCUGAUGAGCUGUUAAGUGGCCACAGCAAUGGUGAAGGGGAGGUGCUACUUUAUUACUGCUACUGUGACCUGGAGGAUCCUGAUUGGAUCUGUGCCUGGCAGACAGCUCUGUGUCAGCACCUGCACCUCACGGGCAAGGUUCGAAUUGCUACAGAAGGAAUCAAUGGGACAGUGGGUGGAAGCAAAUUGGCCACCAGACUCUAUGUAGAAGUCAUGCUUUCCUGCCCAUUGUUUAAGGAUUAUCUGUGUAAGGACGAUUUUAAGACCAGCAAAGGAGGAGCUUGCUGUUUUCCAGAAUUGCGUGUUGGUGUGUUUGCAGAGAUUGUGCCCAUGGGGAUCAGUCCCAGUAGGAUCUCCUAUAAGAAGCCUGGAAUCCAUUUAUCCCCAGGUGAAUUUCAUAAAGAAGUAGAAAAGUUUCUGUCUCAGGCAAAUCAAGAAGAAAGUGAUACUAUCCUACUGGACUGCAGAAACUUCUAUGAAAGCAAAAUAGGACGGUUCCAGGGCUGCUUAGCCCCAGACAUCAGGAAAUUCAGUUACUUCCCUAGCUAUGUUGAUGAAAAUCUAGAACUUUUCAAAGAGAAGAGGGUGCUGAUGUAUUGCACUGGGGGCAUCCGUUGUGAGCGGGGUUCAGCCUACCUCAAAGCCAAGGGAGUGUGCAAGGAAGUGUUCCAGCUCAAGGGUGGCAUCCACAAGUACCUGGAGGAGUUUCCUGAUGGUUUUUACAAAGGGAAGUUGUUCGUUUUUGAUGAGCGUUAUGCCUUAUCCUUCAACAGUGACAUAGUGUCAGAAUGUUCAUACUGUGGGGCCCCAUGGGACCAGUAUAAACUGUGCUCCACUCCCCAGUGCUGCCAGCUCGUCUUGACCUGCCCUGCCUGCCAAGGACAAGGAUUCACAGCCUGUUGUGUCACGUGUCAAGACAAAGGGAGCAGGCAGGCUGCAAGCCCAGCCCAGAGCAGUUUUAAAGAGGAAUGCGAGUGUACAGCCCGACGGCUACGCGCACCCAGGGAGCUCUUACAGCAGGGGCGACUCCCUGCGAGCCCGGGGCCCAGGCCAGGUGAUGAUGAGGAUGGGCCAAGCUUACAUGAGCAGCCCCAUCUGCCUUUCCCCAAUCCUUCACAGAGCUAGGUUUGGGGCGACCAUGUAUUGGAGAAUAUUAGGGCUGUUCCAGCAGAGAAACAGGGAACUCUAGUGCUGCCAGAGCCACCAUGGCCAGCUGGUCACCAUGUUGGCCACCUGUCCUUCACAAGAGGAGGGAAGAGGGAGUUGGGUGCUGACCUCUUACUGGAGACAUUCUGACUCAGAAGAUGCUAGAGCACAGAAAAAGGUGAGCUGUGUAGGAUCCCAAAGCUGCUGAGGGAGAGAGCCUUGAGCCUGGUGACCAGGUCAUGCCCUUUCUGUGCCAUGCAGCAGGGCUGGGAGUAGUCAUUUUUCUUAUCAGCAAACCUGUCUGUCCUGAUGGCAGAAUGUGAAAGCUGUGGCCCUGGAAGUGGACUCCCCGGAACCAGGCCCCUUAGGUCAAUCUGCCAUCCACCCCUACCCUUCUGUCUUCUCUGCUAGCCUCAGAGCACUAGACCAGGAUCUGAAAACUGUGGCAUUUGGCCCACCUCCUUCUGUAAAUAAAAUUUUAUUGGAAUA